AUGUUUGAUGUUUUUUGUGAAGGAAACUUUGACAGAGAUAUUUUAAAAUAUACAAAUAGUGAAUUAAUGUGGAUUCGAAGACAAAUGUAUAGAGCACUAUAUCUUGAUGAAGAAAAUCAUAUAUUUUUAACAAAACAAGAAGUUUUUUUAGGUAAAAUUAUAAUGAAAGAGUAUAAAGAAAAGAAGAGGCAACAAGAAAAUUUGGAUGAUGAAUUAAAUUUUAAAGAUAAAAUUCAAAAAUCUGUUUCAACAUUAUCAUUAUUUUCUGGUACCUCAGAAACAUCUAUUAUAUCUUCAAUAUCAUUAUUGGUAUAUUCAUCUGUUGUAUGCCAUUUCUGUUCCAAACCACUAGGAAAACUUAUUAAUCGUGGAAAAAAUUGUAAAAAAUGCAAAAUAAUACUUUGUAAAAAUUGUAUAUAUGAUUUUGAAUGGUGUAAUGGAAAAUGUUAUUAUUGUAUUGAAUGUUUUGCAGAAAUGUAUCUUAAUAAUAUUAAAUAUGGUAUACAACCUAAACUUCAAAAUAAAAAUAUGUUAAUGGGUGGAACAGAACUUAGAAAAAAAAUAAUUAUUAAAAUUGAUAGUGAAUUAGAAAAAAGAUUUAUAAAAAGAUCUGAAGAAAUAUCAAAUUUUUGUAAUGCAAUGGAAAGGCAAAUAAAAAUUGAGGAGAAAUGUAAUAAAAUACGUAAUGGUCCAAUUGAAUCUAGUAAUUUACUUUCUGUACCCAUAAUAAUGCCUUCAAUGAUAGGUAGAAAUUUACAAUAUAAUGAAAGUAAGGCAAGAAAACAAAAAAAUGGUAAUGAAGAAUCAGUUCGAAAAUCUUCAUAUCAAGGAAAUUUUGAUAAUAUUUAUGAUGUUGGGCAAAAUUUUUUAUCUGACAAAAUACAAAGCAAUGCAAACAAUGUUAAUAAGUAA